AUGGACCUGGCAUCUCUGGAAGAUGAGGCCCUCUUACACCAGGUGGUCAGGGUUCCCUUGACUAGAAGCACCUGUGGAAGGCCAUGUCCAGUACAACUUAGAGUUCCCAGGCAUUCGGAAUAUGCCACAGUGGGAGAGUACUUUAAAAUGGAAUGUCCUGUGAUAUAUUGUGCUCAGAGACCUAAUGUGAUGUGGUGCAAGUACAGUGGAGGACACUGUUUACCUCUUGAGACUGGACCUUGGCAACAUACUGGUUGGGAAGACAAGGACCAGGGUUCAGUUUUUACUCUCCAUUUUGAACCAGUAUAUCCCAGUGACAAUGGAUCGUACAGUUGUUCUAUAUACUUUAAUUCUGAAGUUAUUAAUAGCAACAUAAUAGCCCUGCAUGUGACAGAUCCUUUAAGAGAAGUUUCACCUGUAUCAGAAAAGAAACCACACUGUUUUGAAAUGUUGGCUUUCUGGGUCAUGCUACCAGUACAAACUUUGACUCUUUCAGGCAAGAGGUUCAGCUGCAGAGCAUUUGAAUGGGGGAAUGCCUGCUGGUGUGGGAGGCUGGGAUUCAGCAAGGAGUGGAGAAAGGAAGGCCAGGAGGGGAUGGCCAGAGGAAUCCAAACAAGGCAUAAGUCUGAGUAUUUUCUAGAGUCAAGAUGUUCAGGUAUGGACUGGAAUCAAAUGACACAGAGUAAUUCAUUACCCAUGACAGAAAUUAACACUACACUGUUCAUACAGAUGGGUGCAAAGGCUCUGCUGUGCUGCCCUGCUAUUUCAAUGACAGAAGCAGUAUUAAUAUCGUGGGUCAUAGCCCCCAGAGGCCAGCCUCCCUGCAGAAUAUCUUACAGAGUCAAUACAAAGAACAAUGAAGCAAACUGUACGGACAGGAGAAUCACCUGGGCCUCCACACCUGAUCAGAGUCCUGACAUUCUGAUCGAUGCAGUGGCCCUUGAUCAUGACGGGCUUUAUUCAUGUGAAAUAAUAACACCUUCAGGGAAUAUCCAAAAGAGUCAUGACCUCCAAGUGCUAGUGCCUCCAGCAGUAACCCUGAUUCCAGGGGAAAACAGAACAGCAGUUUGUGAGGCAAUUGCAGGCAAGCCGGCUGUGCAGAUCUUUUGGACUCCAGAUGGGGAUCACAUCACUAAGAAAGAAUCACACAGCAAUGGCACUGUGACUGUCAGGAGCACAUACCACUGGGAGCAGAAAAAUGUGUCUGCUGUGUUCUGCUUUGUCUCCCAUCCAACUGGCAACCAGACUCUGUUCAUAGAACUGAAUCAAGGUGUCACCAGCAUGCUGCAUUCCCUGCUGAUCAUUCUCUAUGUGAAAUUUUCCCUUAUUGGGAUCAUUCUGCUCAUCCUAGGAUUUGUUUUCUUCCUGAAGAGA